UCGCCCCGGAGGCUUCCCGGGGCCCCAGGCAGCCCGCGCCUCCCUCCGCCCGAGCCCCGCCGGCCUCUCGCCCCGCCGCGGCCGUGCGCGCAGGCGGUGGGCAGCCGUGGCACGCAGCAUGCAGGCGCGCUACUCCGUGUCGGAUCCCAACGCCCUGGGAGUGGUGCCCUACCUGAGCGAGCAGAGCUACUACCGGGCGGCGGGCAGUUACGGCGGCAUGGCCGGCCCCAUGGGCGUCUACUCCGGCCACCCGGAGCAGUACGGCGCCGGCAUGGGCCGCUCCUAUGCGCCCUACCACCACCACCAGCCCGCGGCGCCCAAGGACCUGGUGAAGCCGCCCUACAGCUACAUCGCGCUCAUCACCAUGGCGAUCCAGAACGCGCCCGAGAAGAAGAUCACCUUGAACGGCAUCUACCAGUUCAUCAUGGACCGCUUCCCCUUCUACCGCGAGAACAAGCAGGGCUGGCAGAACAGCAUCCGCCACAACCUCUCGCUCAACGAGUGCUUCGUGAAGGUUCCGCGCGACGACAAGAAGCCGGGCAAGGGCAGCUACUGGACGCUCGACCCGGACUCCUACAACAUGUUCGAGAACGGCAGCUUCCUAAGGCGCCGCCGGCGCUUCAAGAAGAAGGACGUGUCCAGGGACAAGGAGGAGCGCGCCCACCUCGCGGAGCCGCCCGCGGCCAAGGGCGCCUCGACGGGGCCCCCGCUGCCGGACGCCCCCCAGGAGGCGGAGAAGAAGGUGGUGAUCAAGAGCGAGGCGGCGUCGCCCGCGCUGCCGGUCAUCACCAAGGUGGAGACGCUGAGCCCCGACGGCGCGCUGCACGCCAGUCCUCGCAGCGGGGCCUCCACGCCGGGCUCCCCCGACGGCUCGCUGCCCGAGCACCAGGCCGCGCCGCCCAACGGGCUGCCCGGCUUCAGCGUGGAGAACAUCAUGACCCUGCGGACGUCGCCUCCGGGUGGCGAACUGAGCCCGGUGUCCGGCCGCGGGGGGCUGGUGGUACCGCCGCUGCCGCUGCCUUACGGGGCCGCGCCGCCAGCCGCGUACGCGCAACCGUGCGCGCAGGGCCUGGAGCCGGGCGGCCCCGGCGGCUACCAGUGCAGCAUGCGCGCCAUGAGCCUGUACACCGGGGCCGAGCGGCCGGCGCACGUGUGCGUCCCGCCCGCGCUGGACGACGCCCUGUCGGACCACCCCAGCGGCCCCGCGUCGCCGCUCAGCGCCCUCAACCUCGCGGCCGGUCAGGAGGGCGCGCUGGCCACCGCCCACCACCACCAGCAUCCCGGCCACCACCAUCCUCAGGCGCCGCCGCCCGCGCCCGCUCCGCAGCCGCAGCCCGGCACAGCCCCAGCCCAGGCCGCCUCCUGGUACCUGAACCACAGCGGGGACCUGAGCCACCUCCCCGGCCACACGUUCGCGGCCCAGCAGCAAACUUUCCCCAACAUGCGGGAGAUGUUCAACUCCCACCGGCUGGGGAUUGAAAACUCGACCCUCGGGGAGUCCCAGGCGGGCAAUGCCAGCUGUCAGCUGCCCUACCGAGCCACGCCGUCCCUCUACCGCCACGCGGCCCCCUACUCCUACGACUGCACGAAAUACUGACUGCGCCCCAGCCCUCCCCGGCCCCGGGCCCGCGCCCGCUUCGCCUCCCGAUGCAACCCUUUCCACGAAGGCUGCACCCGAACGCGCCCAACUCUCCCAGACCCGGGAGCAGAGAGCUCGCGCGCCAGCCUCGGCCGUCCGUGAAACUUGCAGGUAACUUGAACCCGCAACCCGGUUUCUGAGACCCUAGACGUCCCUCUCAGGGGGCCGCAAGCCCAGCAAAAUGAAAUACCGAUUUAAAAAGUACCCUCCCCUUCCCGGAUGCUGCGCCUGAUCCCUCUGGGGCUUCAAAAGAUUAAGUUAUGGACCAAAUUCCAAGGGACCCCCGAUGGCUCUCCGUGGAGACUCCCCACGGACGUGUGGGGGCCCCUGCAGAUAAUGUAUGUGCUGUGUGUAAUUUUUAACUUCCUCUAACCGUGCUGUAAUCGUGUGCGGAUUUGUAAUCAGGCUAUUUUGUUGCUCAGAGCCAUUAAUAUAAUAUUUAAAGUUGUGUUCACUGGAUAACUUUCCAUCUUGCCCAACCGUUUCUUCCAAAUUAAGUUCAAGGAAACUACGGUGGGUUUUCCCCCCUGGACCGUUAUAAAAUAGAAUUAUUUCCCCAACUGUAGCUCUUUCACUGAACAAGAAAAUAAUUUAUUUUUUUGUGGUGAAGAACGAGGUUCAGUAUCUGAUACUUUUGAUUUAGGAAGUGUGAUGGUUUUGUAUAGCGAAUUCCAUCCUGAGGGUGCCCAAAAGAAACAGAGACUUAAAAAUUUAACUUCAUCUGUGUCUGUUUUAUGUGGUCUUGAUUGUUGUAUUUACCCUAAAAUAAACCCAUGUUGUUUUUC